CCAGCCCUGCACACAGAUAAGUCCAUAAGAUUCAGGGGUCUCACAGUCCAAUAACUUAAAGGCCAUAGAUGUCUCUGGGGUGGGUAAAGUGAUAUUGGGAGAGUGUGUUUGUAUGUGAGAUGUAUGUGGAGUCUACUUUACUCUUCUCUGUUGGUUGAGCAAUGAUACGGAAUGAGGGAGAAAACAGUUUGUAUUUGUUUCUCCUGCAUCUAGGCAUUCUAAAGAGUAUUCCGGACGGCAGGAGAAGAUACUCCUUAUUUAAGACGUGAGAGGGGUCCAAAGCAAUCUUGUCUGCCAUCCUGAGGAUGUGUUUAGUGCAACUGUCAAAGAAGUGAUCCUCCAUUAUGUUGCCCACCACCUUUGAGCAAAUGCUCAGAAGUCUUAGUAUCCUGUUUUUUAACUGGACAAAAUGAUCUAAAUCUUCUCAAAAAAUGAAUUCUCUGUUGCACUUUGUUGCAAAUGUAAUCCACAUGCUUUGACCAGGAGAAGACACUAUCUACUUAUACCCCUAGAUAUUUGAAGGAUGCUGACAGUUUUAUGGGUUUGUCAUGAAUUAUGACUGGAGCAGUUGUGCGUGGAACUGACCCAAAAACGACCUCCUCUUUUUUGAUGGGAUUCGUUGUGAGGGCCUUUUGCUCUCCCUAUUGGACCAAUCUCUUCACACUCUCAUAGUAGAGGUCAGGCUGCAUCUCCUCUGUCAUCAGGGCCACCAGUACUGUAUCAUCCGAAAAUCUGAUGAGGUAUUGGUCAGGGGUACUGAUUGUUACCAACGAUGGUCAUUGGUAUAGAUUGUGAAAAGCCGUGGUGAGCUCACACAUCCUUGUGGUGCGCCACUGCUCGUUGUGACCAGGGGGGAGAGCGUCUUGUUAACACUGACCAGCGGUUGCCUACGGAUGAGGAAAGAGUGGUACCAAUGAAUAAGGUAUGGAUUAAUGGCCAACUGUUGGCCAUUAGAGUUGUCAAUAAACAAUAGCAUAUGGUUUGUGUUUUGGUAAGUCCAGGUGUUUUAGGUUUAGGUUUUCUUUAAAGUUUGUAAGGGAAGCGACGGCUUCUUCGGUGUUGCGGCCGCACUUAUAGGCAAGUUGAUAUUGGUCCAGUUUACUCUGUACUGACCUGGAGAGCAAGGGGCAGAGGAUACUUUCCAGUGACUUCAUCAAUAUAGAGGACACAGCCACAGGUCGGAAAUCAUUGCACUCCUUUGGGCAAUUUUUUAUUUGGAAGUGGGAUCACAUGUGAGGUUUUCCAGGUAGUGUGGACAGUGUGGGUGUCCAAUGACUGUUGGAAUAGGGGCUGCCACACAUGGGCAAGUUCUUCACUGUACGUCUUCAGGACAGAGGCUGUGUUGUUAUCAGGACCGGUAGUUCCGUGCGUUGAGGUGUCGAAACGCCUGGGCCACCUGAAACUACUGAUAGCUGUACUCUGUCAUCAGGGUGUACAAUGACUGACUUGAGGAUGUCUGUACAUCUUUCUUCAGUCGAAGAGACUUCAAACCAGAUGAAGCAAGAGUUCAACUCCACAGCGGAUGUCAUCUCAUCAGUUGUUAUGAAGGGCUUGUGUUGUUUACUUGGCAUCCCUGCCAUGUUUUUCACAGCACUCCACAUUUUCCUAGAGUCAUUAGCCUUGAAUAGUUCCUCCAGAAGUUUUUUAUGUGUGUCCUUUGCCUUCCUUAUCUUCCCUCUGAGCUCCUUAUCCUCCUCCUCAGUUCCUGAGCAUCCUUUUGUUUGAAAGCCAUUUUCUUUCAUUCAUUAUUUGUUUAAUGUCCUUAGUUAUAUAUGUUUUAUUGUUAGGGUACACUUUGACAGUUUUCGUUGGGAUUAUGGAUUCAAAGCAGAAGUUUAUAUCGUCUGUUGUAACAGCGCAUGCUGAAUACAGAGUGCUUUCCCUUAGCAAUUAGUACAGUCAAAACAGUCAGGCACCCAGCGCCUCCUAACUAUCUUGAGUCCAUACUCGUAUUGAUUUAUUCUGAGGCUUACUGCUUUUUAAUUUAGUCCGAUAGGUUGGAUUGAGAUGGAUCACAUUGUGAUCAGAAUUGGCUACUUGUGGCUCAGUCCAAGGUGAGGAGAAUAUCGGUUACACCCGCCAAGCCUAAGAACUUCCUUGACCCGAGUGACUACUCAGUGUGAUGGAGAAGCACCAGGCCAGUCUGAGGGACAUACUGGACCACUCACCCUUCAACACUGAGGAAGAGCUGCUCACUGAGCUCCGAGCUAUCGAGUCAUCCGGCUCCAGCACCGGGACCAAGAUCAUCAUCUGGAACCUCCACAGGACAUCUGAAGGGAAUACAGAGUUGGAUUUCACCACAGAGAAUGAUAUCCGCAUUCCCUGUGAUGACUCAGACACUUCAGUCCCUGAGAGUCACUCCUCCUUGCGUGCAUACUGCAGCAUCCUCUACUUGAAGCCAUCUAUGCAGAUCAACAUUCGAGGCCAGAAGGUGGAGGAUCGUCCCAUCUACAAGAGCCUUGACUAUAUCAACAGAUCGUACUGCUACAAACCAAAAACUCUGGUAUCCUUUUCUUCCAGACACAGAAACUUUCAAGCUUUUCCUUGCAGAAGAAAUCAUUAAUGAGUAAAUUCUCUGCAUUAAACCCAGGGGUAGUGGGCUGCUACACGUUGUAGCGCCUGCUGGGAUCCAACUCCAGUUUAUGGCAGG